UCGGGUUGGGGGGCCAUACGGCUCGAGGCGGUAGGAGGUGGACUGGGAGCCGAACCCAGCAUCUCACUCAGUUCUUUCGUUGUAUCGAGGUUGAGCCAUUUCAUUACUGGACAUGGUUAUAAUGCAACUUUAAAUGACUUCGGACAAGUGGCACAUAUGAGAAAACAGACUAGGCUGUGAAUCAGGCAGCACGGAUGAUCUUUUCCCUGCUUGUGGAAUAAAUCAUGCUGCGCUACAGGCAGAUAUUGCCUAGCCGUAGUGCGUGCGUACUGUCCCCGUCCGAUCGCCGCUGAAGUCGUUAUGGAUAAAAAUGCGCUACUUAUUACACAUCUUUUCGUUUGCUGGCUUUUCGUGAUUGCCAUGACGACCAGGGGAUGGUCAGCAGCAGAAAACAUCAACAAACAGAAAGAGCUGCUGUCCUCUCUGGAUGCGAGAAGCCAACCAGUGCUGUGCAAUGAGACGGCUCUCCUUCUGGAGAUGGAGAGGUGUGGAGACUGGUUCAAGCGGGAGAUGGAGCUCAUACCUCAGAGGAACUGGUGCAACCUGUCGUAUUUCAUCUGGAAGUACAACCACUUUUCCAACUGCAGUGAGGACAAGGCUGUCAGCACAGGCUGCUACUGGCCCAACCCCCUGGUGGAGAGCUACAUCAUCCGCGUCCACAGGCUCUUCUUCUCCAACUGCACGCUGAGCCACAUGGUCCUCAUGGACCCGUCGGACAACAUGCUUGCCAUGCUCAUCUUUGUGCCAGUCUUCCUCACGCUGGCCAUGGUUGCGCUGGUGGUGUGGUGCAGCAAGCGUGGCGACUUCGCCGCCUAGUGCUCUUUCUGCUAUCACUAUAGUUAACGCUAAUGUCCCUCCCUGAGCACUAUUGGUAAUGGCCCUUCGCUAUCGUCCCUCCGCUAGCAUUAUCGCUAAUGCUAAUAUCCCUCCGUUAGCACUAUCGCUAAUGCUAAUAUCCCUCCGUUAGCACUAUCGCUAAUGCUAAUAUCCCUCCGUUAGCACUAUCGCUAAUGCUAAUAUCCCUCCACUAGCAUUAUCGCUAUUGCUAAUAUCCCUCCACUAGCAUUAUCGCUAAUGCUAAUAUCCCUCCACUAGCAUUAUCGCUAAUGCUAAUAUCCCUCCACUAGCAUUAUCGCUAAUGCUAAUAUCCCUCCGCUAGCAUUAUCGCUAACGCUAAUGUCCCUCCGCUAGCACUAUUGGUAAUGGCCCUUCGCUAUCGUCCCUCCGCUAGCAUUAUCGCUAAUGCUAAUAUCCCUCCGUUAGCACUAUCGCUAAUGCUAAUAUCCCUCCGUUAGCACUAUCGCUAAUGCUAAUAUCCCUCCACUAGCAUUAUCGCUAUUGCUAAUAUCCCUCCACUAGCAUUAUCACUAAUGCUAAUAUCCCUCCACUAGCAUUAUCGCUAAUGCUAACCUCCCCUACUGUCACUAUUGCUGAGCCACAGACUGGCCAGAAGGAAACCAGAACUCUUACCCAAGGUAUCAUAGACCUUUUGCUGUAUCCCAUCACCCGCAGAGAAGAGGAACGAAAUACAAAAACUGAUGCAUUAUAAACCAGGUGAUACGUGAUUGCUUGCUUCAAAGUCAUGCUAAUCGCUAAACAGUUGCAUUUUUUUCAAUGCUUCAAGCUGGUGUUUCUUUAAGUGUACAAUGCUGUCUCCUGUUUCUGAGAAACCAGUCCGUCCUUUGUGUCACACCCUAAAACCUGUGUGGAUGGUCCUUCCCAGUUGACCGCUCACAUGAUUCGGAUCACAUGCUCUGAAUUCGCUUACGUAACUAAUCAAGUAGAUGAUGUUUGGGAAGGUUUGGUGCCUCCUUUCUGUAUGUACUGUAAGAUCUACACUGAUCUGUAAUGUCAUUUAAUUACAUGUUUGAUCACUAUAGAAGGAGGAGCUAACAUGAAUGGAAACUGACCUCUGUCAAGCAGAGCAAACACUGAACUAGCGUAGCGUCAUGCUGAAGUCCAAUUCUCAUAUUUGGUAUUAAGUGAAACAUGUAUUAUAUAGAUAUUUAAUGUGUUAUUAAAUGAAUAUGAAUUAUGA